CCACGACCACAGCCCUGCACCUGCACCUGCACCUGCACCUGCGCCUGUGUCUGGGCCUGGCUCUGGCCCCCUGCCCUGGUCCCGCCUCGGCUUCGUUUUUCCAGUCCAUCCCAAACAAUCAGGGUCUCGACUCCACUAGGCCUUGUCUCUCUCUCGAGUCUCUCUCGUGUCUUCGUGACCCCUCGACCUCUUUUUUUUCUUCUUCUUUCAAUUAAUGCCCUGGCUUCAAUCUCCUCGCCGCGUCCAACCAACCUUGGAACCCUGACUGCAAAACACAGUUUCGCCAAUCCACAAGGCAAAAGCGGUCGGUAGAUCAAAGGACGGGCGACAUCGACAGAACCACGAGACCAUGAGCAGUCCUGCUUCGAUAUAUUUAUCACGAAGCAGGAAAAGAGACCAACCGCCCUGGCCCUCCUAGUUCACCACCAUACACGACACGCCACUUUGAUUUUGUGCCCACGGUACCCCUCGACGAGACUAUUCCACCACGACUGGACAGUUCGAUCCACGAGCCUCGGCAACAAGGUCACAGGGUUAUCAGCUGGCAGCCUGGCAGACGAGCCAAGGAGGAGACGAGGGCAAGAAAGACAGACAGACAGAAAAAAAGGAAGGGAGAGGAGACGGAAGGAAAGGUGGGACAGCUUAGCGCUGGACAACACGGAAGCCCUCGCCACGAUCUAGACCACGUCCAACACCGUAUUCCAACCCGCUCGGACAAGAUAUAUAUACAAGAAGAAAAGGUGGCCCACUUCGCUGUCGCUGCCCCCGGUCGACUGAGAUAAAAGCUGCGCGUUUGUUGCCGGCCUUUGCCGACUCGAUAACACGGCCGCAGAGGAGGAACAACAAGAAGAAGAAGGACAGGAUAUCAGCCAUGUCGCCAAACCCGCAGGACGGCGGGGCACCACCCAACCACGAGCACGAUCACGAGUCCAGCGGCAGCUCCGUCCCGCAGUCCCCUCCGCCGCCGCCCAAGCCCUCGACCGACCCCGUCCUGGUCAUCCAGCCGCCCCGCCUCGACCUGCAGCCCAUCACCUCACCGCAGCUCAACGCACAGCCCGAUGACAUCUUCAAGGUCCCGGCACUGGCCGCCCUCAAGCUGCUCAGCUCCGGCGUCGAGGCGCUCGUGCGCAUCACCGGCGACAUCCCGCCCACGCCCCCUCCCAUAACGCCCCACAUCCCCAACAUGAGGAGCAUGCAGGCCGAGAAGGAGAGCAUCGUGCGCAACUACUCCGAGAACAGCCUGGCCCGCCUGCGCGACCAGGAGCUGGAGCUGGCCCGCCAUGUCCAGGACGCCGGCCACACCCCCGGCCCGGCGGCCACCCUGCCCGACGACCACCAGGGCACCACCUCCCCGCCUUCUUCCCAGCAGAGCCCGGCGGGGCCCGUGCUGGCCGUCCCGAAGCCGACCAGGACGGCCGCCCUCUCGGUGCCGGGCCUCCACGCGCCGGCGCCACAGCCCAUCGACGGGGUGCGCCUCCGGCCGACGCCCAGCCCCGAGCCCAGCAGCUUCGUGCCGCCACCGCCGCCGUCGUCGACGCCGGAGCCGUACGUGGUGAUCGGGGCCAACAGCCAGCCGCUCAACAUGCAGCACAAUGCCAUCACGCGCAAGUUUUACAGCAAGAAGCCGCCGCCGAUCGGCAUCAGCGACUACCUGCUGCGGAUCCACCGGUUCUGCCCCAUGAGCACGGCGGUGUACCUGGCGACGAGCCUGUACAUCCACCGGCUGGCGGUGGACGAGCGGGCGGUGGCGGUGACCAAGAGGAACGCGCACCGGCUGCUGUUGGCGGGGCUGAGGGUGGCCAUGAAGGCGCUCGAGGACCUCAGCUACCCGCACGCCAAGGUGGCCAAGGUGGGCGGGGUCAGCGAGGUGGAGCUGGCGCGGCUCGAGAUCAGCUUCUGCUUCCUGUGCGGCUUUGAGCUCGUGGUGGGCGCGGGCCUGCUGCAGGACCACUGGACCAACAUGAAGAACGGGGCCGACCUGAGCAGGAUAGGCGCGGGCGGCGGCGGGGGAGGGCCAGGGCCGCAGGCUGGGAGGAUGCCACUACCCGGCCUGAGCCUGGCGAACCUGCCCAAGCCGAGGAACCCGCCACCCCAGGCGGUGGUCGAAGGAUGA